AUGCUAAAAUAAGAUAUUAUCCUAGAAUUAGAAUCAAAUGCUGGUUUGAUGUCCGAUAGAUAUCAUAAAAACAAAUAUGCAUUUUGUAUUGCAACUUAAAAUAAAAUAGUCUACUUUGAUAAAAUUGCACAGGAGUUUAAAGAACUAGAAUUUAAAGAUAAUUUUCUAUCAAGCAAUCCUAAGGAUGCGUUUAUUCAUGAUGAAUUAAGCAUGCUAAUUAUAAGACAUAAAGAUGCUGUUGAGGUAUUUAAUCUUGAAACUAUGACAAGAAUUGAAGAAAUCUCUAUGAUUGUUAAAUAAGAUACUAAUCCAUCAAUUUUUGUUGAUAAAAACUACAUUCAAAUAGAUUUACAUGAUCAAAGGAUAGUUUACUUCUUUUAGCAUAGAAAAUUGGAUAGAAUUAUACAAAUCAAUUUUCCUGAAGGCUUGUAAAUAUAUGACAGAUAUUAAAUUUCUAUAAAUCAACCAGCCACUAACUUUCUUAGACGAAAAGAUGCUUAACUUUCAGAACUGUAUACAAUGAACAAGAAUAAUGAGGAGAUUCUAAAUAUAUUGUCUGCUGAUAUAAGAAAGUAUACCAGAUUUAUUGCUGGAUUUGGUACAUGCUUUAAUAUUUUUGAAAACAAUCUGAUUGCUUUAGAAACUAUUGUCAAAUAGCUCUCUUUGAAGGAUGAGAAGACUCUACCUAUACUUAUUUGUCCCAAUAUGAUUGGGAGAUAUUCACCUUUAGAUUCAUAAAUUCGCAACAACCAGUAAAAGAUAAUUAACUUGAUUUUAUCCGUUAUCCUAAAAUAUCAAGAUCAUCUUUUCUUUAACUAACUUAUUGACAAGCAUGUUUGUGAACUCAUUAAACAAAAUAUUGAUUUGCAGGAUUACUUUGAUAGUAGUUUGCCUAUUUAUCAAAUCAUUGAUGUUGCUUUCCCAAGUCAACACUUUAAUAGCGAGGAAUCAAUAGUAGGAAUUGAAUUGAAAAAUCCCAAAGAUGUACAUGAGAAAUAUGACCAAUUAUUUGGAAAAUCCUUUGAUCAAUAAUUAGAAAAAUCUGAGGAUAUUUAGGUCUCUAUAGAAUAUGACCUAAUUAAUUUACCCCAAACUUUGUAAAACAAUCCAAGAAAUCUAAUGAAGGUUCUUAGUGAAUCGGAUAUACCAGAAUACUUUGAAAACAAAGUUAUUUAGACAAUCAUUAAUUUCAAGUGGAAUACUUAUACAAAGUCAUAUUAUGAGACAAGAUUCUACAUUUACCUAAUUUUUAUGGCUUCUUUAAUCUUUGAUAUAUUUUACACAACCUAUACAUCUCAAAAACCUUCUUCAGAUCAAGAUAAUUCAGUGGAAAAUACAACAGAUCAUGAUAUUUAGCCGAGCAUAUGGAUUAAAAUUUCUACAAAGAUUAUUUGCCUAUUUGUAUUACUUUUCUUUACUAUCCAUGAAAUUAAGCAAAUUAGAAUACAAGGUUCGAUGUACUUAAGUGAUGGCUUUUUUUUAAUUAUGAUUCUUUAAUUCGGCAUGAUUUUUUUGGUUCUAUUCAAAGCUUAAUCGAUAGAGGAAUAUAAUGGUGUUAAUAAGAUUGCUUACUUCUUGAUGGCCUUCAGAAUAUCAUCAGGUGAUUUCUAUCUUGAUGACUAUCAAAAUCAAGGUGAUAUUAUUGUCAUUUUCUCUUGGAUCUUAUGGAUAAUUGCAGUGUUAACAUUGAAUAUUGUUUUCAUGAAUUUUAUCAUAGCUGUGAUAUCAGAAUCUUACGAAAGAGUAAUGCAGAAACUAGUGGCUGAAUCAUUUAAGGUUAAAGCUCAUAUGAUAGUUGAAAGAGAACAAAUGUAUUCAGACAAUGAGCUGCUCAUAAAGCAAGUAUUCCCAAAUUAUAUAGUUCUCAGAAGAUAAGUAAACAAUCAAAGCAAUGAAGCUGGAGAAUGGCAAGGCUUCAUUAAAGACCUGAAACACACUAUAAAAACAACUGUUACGAAAUCUAAAUCUGAAAUAAUGCAAAGUCUUCAUUCUUAAAAUUAGAAAAAUACAGCUUAAAUAGAUAAAAUUCCAAACUCUAUUGAGGAAAUGAUCAUUAAGAAUCUUAAUGAAGCUAAUUAAAAUGAGAGUAAUAAACAGCAACUAUUGGAGAUGAAAUUAUAAAUGGUUAGCUAAAAGGAGGAUUUUGAUGUUUUAAAAAGUGAUUUUAAAGAAUUAAAAAGUGACAUGAAUUUCAUUAAAGAAUCCAUCUCUUAACUUCUUUAAAAAUAAAAGUAGUGA